AUGAGAGAAUUAGCACAAAAAGCCUUUGAUCAGUGGGAAUCUGUUUCAAAUUUAAAGUUUAAUUACAAUAGCGUUAAACCGGACAUACUUAUUUUAUUUUCUAAUACGCUGUUUCAACAUAAUCAUAAUUCACGGUGUCAAAAAGGAAUAUGUUCCAGCAGUUUUGAUGGAAAAGAAAAUUGGUAUUUUGGUAAAUCAGGCAAUACACCUGAUGGCCAAACUAAUUUUUAUACAGUAUUAUUACAUGAAAUCGGACACACAUUAGGUAUUGAACAUUCCGCAAAUAAUAAUUCAAUUAUGUACGCCUAUUAUAAAGGUGAUAUUGAUAAAUUAACUCAAGACGAUAUGUGGGCAAUUCAAUAUUUAUAUGGAAGACCUGAACGAUUAAAAUAUGAAUUAAUACCAACAACAACAACAGUUAAACCUACUGUAAGACAAAGUGUCCCUGAAUGCCAACCUAGAGGUGAAGCCGGAGCCGAAGAUAUAUUUGGCAAUUUAUGUGAUUUUAAUAAAGAAAUUGAUACACUCUUAAUUGCAAAUCAUCAUAUAUUAUUUAUAUUUUUUGCCAGAUGA